GUGUGGCCUGGGCCCCGCCCAGCGGCCGCUGAUGGCCGGUGGUCUUGGGUACCCUCAGCGAGGUCGUGGCGGCCGAGGCCGUGUCGUGCCUGAACCGGGCCAUGGCGACGCUGCGGGAUAUCUGGGAGGAGAUCGGUAUCCCCGAGGAGCAGCGUCUGGAGCGCACUGACGUCGUCAAGAAGCACAUCAAGAAUCUCCUGGACAUGAUGGUGGCAGAGGAGGAGAGCCUGAGGGAGCGUCUCCUGAAAAGCAUUGCCCUGUGUCGGAAGGAGUUUGACAACCUCUGCAGGGAGCUCCAGCUGGACCCCUUCGAGGUAGAGGAAGAAGGUACCAUUCUGCAGAUGGAGAAGAAUUUGAGGACCCGUGUGGAAGUGCUGUUAAAGCAGAAAAGGGACAGGAAGCAUGAGCUGAAAGCCCUGCAAGAACAAGAUCAAGACUUGUGCGAUAUCCUCUGCACGACCCCCUUCUGCAUUGACAGCAAUGCUGUGCCCAGCCUGGAGGACCUGGACCGGUACAGGCGGCACUUGGCCUCCCUGGCUGCUGAGAAGGAGCAAAGGCGGGAAGAGUUUGUCAGCAGCAAGCGACAAAUCAUCCUCCUCAUGGAGGAGCUAGACCACACUCCAGACACUAGCUUUGAGCGGGAUGUGGUGUGUGAUGAUGAGGAAGCCUUCUGUUUGUCCAAGGACAACCUCGCUGCCCUCCAGGAUCUGCUGCAGCAGCUGGAAGCCCGUCAGUCCUUGAAUGAAGCUGUGUGCACGGAGCUGCGCUCCAGAAUUAUAGCUCUUUGGGAGAGGCUGCAGGUUCCUGAGGAGGAGAGAGAGGCUUCUGCUGUGCAUGUGGCUGGGUCCAGAGCCAAAACCAUGAAAGCUCUGCAGCUGGAAGCCGACCAUCUGGAGGAGCUGAAGCUCCAGAACUUGAAAUCUGUGAUCCAGGCAAUCAGGGAAGAGCUGGUUGGCUACUGGGACAAAUGCUUCUAUAGUCAGGAGCAGCGGGAAGCCUUCAGCCCUUAUUACGAUGAGGACUACACAGAGACCCUGCUCGAGCUGCACGAUGCUGAGGUGGCGAAGAUGAAGAGCUGCUAUGAAACACACAAAGAUCUGUUUGAGACUGCCCAAAAGUGGGAGGAGAGCUGGAAGCUGUUCCUGGAGCUGGAGAGGAAGGCAACUGACCCCAGUCGCUUCACCAACCGUGGGGGAAAUCUGCUGAAAGAAGAGAAGCAGCGAGCAAAGCUACAGAAGACCCUUUCCAAGCUGCAGGAGGAGCUGGAGAGCAGAGUCCAGGCCUGUAGGGAGGAGAAUGAGGGGAGUUUCCUGGUGAAGGGACAGCAGUUCAUGGAGCACGUGACAGAGCAGUGGCAGCUGUACCACCAGGAGAAAGAAAAGGAGAAGCAGGAGCGGCAACUGAAGAGAAGCCGCCAGAUCGAGACAGAGAUGAUGUACGGAAGCACCCCACAGCCAUCCCUCAAGCGUCGGGUGCUCGGCCCCAACACGCCUGGCAAAGCAAGGAAGCUCAAUGGCACUUGCAUCUCCAACGCCACACCCAACAGCACUGCCCGUUUGGCUUUUGGGGGAACCAUCUUCCACUCACCCACCUCACGGUUGCCACCUUCUGGAGGGAAGUUGUGCCAGGCUCGGACCCCCAGCCACCUGCCAGCAAAGAUCCCCCGUCUUGCAGACCAGGAGAAGAACAAGGAGAAUGUGUCCCAGCUGAACGGAACCACCCUGAGCGGUGGGUGUACUCCCGCAGCCCCUGCCCAGCGUAACCACAGCGUUAAUUCUGUUGCCAGCACCUAUUCCGAGUUUGCGCGCGAACUUUCAAAGGCUUCUAGAUCUGACAGCAGCUCCCGUGUCCUGAACUCCACCACCACCACUGGCUUCUGCUGAUGCGUGGCUCCCCCUACUCCUAGUUUUGUAGAGACUGCUGCUCAGGCAAAGAA